AUGUAUGACUAUCAUUACAAUGUUAUGAAAAAACACUAUGGCGAUAAAAUCGAGCUGAUGUACACUGACACCGAUUCACUAGUGUAUUUUAUUGAAACCGAUGAUUUCUAUGAAGAUAUGGUAAACAACCCAAUUUUACUUGAUCGCAUGGACACGUCAAAGCUACCCCAGGACCAUCCCUGUUAUAUUGCUGAGAAAAAAAAGAUUCCGGGACUAUUUUCAGAUGAGACCAAUGGCGAUAUAAUGACAGAGUUUUGUGCGCUUCGCUCAAAAUCUUACUCGUAUAAGAUUGGGAUUGAUUCUUCCAAAGAAGAGAUUAGGGCGAAGGGUGUCAGAGGACAUUUUGUCAAGAAUCAUAUGACAUUUGAAGAUCACAGACGAUGUUUGUUUGAAGGUAUGGACUCUGUUGCGAAUAGACAGCCAAAUAUAUCUAUACGAUCGUUCAAUCACCAAUUGACAACAAUUCGAACCAACAAAAUUACGUACAAUAACUAUGACGAUAAGAGGGUUGUACUUGAAGAUAAAGUGCAUACUCUAGCCCAUGGACAUUAUAGUUUAGAGCAA